AUGCGUCUUUCCGCUCGCAUCAAGUGUUUCAAGUAUUUAGUGUAUGCGUAUGUGAUUUUAAUAUCGAUAUGUGGCGGCGCGCAGCUAGUAAUCGGAGCAUUCCUGUUAUGGACCCAUAAGCAAUACGCACCGAUCGUAAAGAAUCAGUUCUGGGAACCGUUCGCCGUGUUGAUCGCGCUUGGUGUAGUAUCGCAGGGCCUCGCCUACCUUGGGUGGACAUCAGCGAGCCGGAAGCAUCGGUGUUAUUUAGGAUUGUUCUGUGCAUUUUUAGUGUUCUUCAUUGUGAUUUUAUUCUUAGUAAGUGGGUGGGCAGUGGCCACCAAGGCGCAUCUCAUCGUACCGGCCGAACUGGCUAUCGAGACGAGCUUUAGCGAGUUUCUGGCAAAAGACAACACCAACGAUCAGACGCACAUCUGGAACCGAUUGCAGCGAGAUUUCCAUUGCUGCGGCUAUAAUGGCAUCCAUGACUACAAAAAGAACAAACAGAUGGGUUUCCCAUGGUCCUGCUACGAUCCGAUCGACACGAAAGUCUUCAACACCGGCUGCAUGCACGUGUUCGUGCGGAGCAUCGAGAUGAACAUGAUUCGUGUCGCCGUGGUUGCGGUUGCCUCCGCGCUAGUACAGAGUCUAGGUAUAUUCUGUGUCAUCCAGCUCCAGAUGUUGCUUCGACGACCGACCUUAAUGUUGCCAAACGGGGACCACCACUCGAUGCGGGUGAAGCGAACGCGCGAGCAGACUCCUCUUUCGACGGCCACCAUCGGCAAUCCUACACCGCACAGCAGUACAAAACCGCCGAUUCCACUGAAACCCGUCGUGCCACGCGUAGAUCAGCCGAUCAUGAAGUCCUCUCAUUGA